AUGGCAAACUGGCCACGAAUUUCUCCUCUUGCCUACGUGGCUCUCGGUGUUCUUCUUGGCUUGACUUUGUCAAUCAUAACUCAAUCGGGAAACUCAGCCUACGAUGCAGCAUCUCGGAUAGCAAUCAUCAGGGCGAACCGAAAUGAUCCACAACUAGAAGAGCAUGAUCAUGCACAUGGAAAUGAUCCACACGGAGAUGAAGAAGUAGACGACAAUCAUGCGGACUUCGCUCCAGUUCAAUUCCAUUCGAACGAUUCAUCACACAGUCAUGAUGGUGAAAGCAUAAUUGCUGAUGAAAUAUCGAAGAAGGUUCGAGUUUUCUGUUGGAUUCUCACGGGUAAACAGAAUCAUGAGAAACGAGCAAAACACGUGAAAGCCACGUGGGCUAAACGGUGCAAUAAAUAUGUAUUCAUGUCAUCUGAAGAAGACGCCGAACUUCCAGCCAUCAAUUUGAAUGUUUCUGAGGGAAGAGAUUACCUUUGGGCAAAAACGAAAGGAGCAUUCAAAUACAUUUAUGAUCACCAUUUGAAUGAUUUCGAUUGGUUUUUGAAGGCUGACGAUGAUACAUAUGUAGUUAUGGAGAACUUGAGAUUCAUGCUAUUAGCUCAUUCUCCGGAUGAGCCAAUUCAUUUUGGAUGCAAGUUUAAACCAUUCACAAAAGGAGGUUAUCAUAGUGGAGGAGCUGGUUAUGUUUUGAGUAGAGAGGCACUCAAGAAAUUCAUUGAAGUGGCACUUCCCGACAAGUCUUUAUGCUCUCAAAAUCAUGGAGGAGCAGAAGAUGCAGAAAUGGGAAAAUGUUUGGAGAAGGUUGGAGUGAAAGCUGGAGAUUCGAGAGAUGCUGAUGGACAUCAUAGAUUCAUGCCUUUCGUUCCGGAACAUCAUCUCUCUCCUGGCCACGUGGAUCCAAAAUUCUGGUUCUGGCAGUACACAUACUAUCCGAUGGAUCAAGGACCGACAUGCUGCUCAGAUUAUGCCGUCUCUUUCCACUACGUCAGCCCGAACUUGAUGUAUGUUCUCGAGUAUCUCAUCUAUCAUUUGAAGCCAUUUGGUAUCGAUCGUGCAAUUCGUAUUCCAAAGAAUGAUACAAUUAUCCAUACAGCAUAUUCGAUCUCUCGUUCUGAACGUGGUCAAGAUGAUGCUUUCCUAGAGAGACCCGAAGUUCCUCUGUAA